AUGCACUCGUAUUCGAUCCCCAAGACUACAUUAGGUGUUCCAUACAAUUAUUCUCAUUUGGCACGGGGUGUGCCUUUAAAAGUGCGCUCAGGCAGGGGACCAAUCGCCUUUAUCAAGUAUUUGCAGAAGCCACAUCAGAAGAAUGUGUAUCCUGAUUUAAGUGAACAACAAGUCGUCGGCCCUGGUCUUACCCUAACUGAGAAAUGGAACACCGAAAAUCAACUUGGGACUGUUAUUGAGGUCAAUGAACAGUUUGGACGCGGCCUUAAGCUUACUUUCGACUCUCUUUAUGCUCCACACGCUGGUAAGCGAACUGGCAAACUGAAGGCUGACUGGGCUACGCAAACCGCUAGG